AUGGCAGAGGUCAUCGGUCUGGCAGCUUCACUAAUCACACUGGCAGGCACCAGCGCACAGCUGGCCAGAACGCUCCUCCAGGUCGCUAAUGUCAUCAAAUCUGCAGAGUACGAAGCUAGGCUCAUCGCUGCAGAUAUUUCUGUCUUUUCAAACUCGCUCACGCAGUUGAGUACGGUCGUUGAUCUUCCACAUCCCAAGACCGAGAAGCUUCGCGAGAUCACUGUCUUUUUAAUCGCGGCAUGCAGCACCCUCAUAGAAGACAUGAAGAUGCUUAUUGGGGAGCCCAUCCAGAAGGAUCCCAGACGACGCGCUUUCACGAUGCCGCUCAUACGAUUCCGAUUUAGAUGGAUGAAAAUCGGGCCCAAGGUUAUGUUCGUGAAGAGCUUAGUUGAUUCCUUCAAGACCACCAUCCUAGUGCUUGUCUCCACGAUGAAUCUGGCCGUUGCACUGCAGCGAGAUGCCCCGGAAUCAAUCAGGUACGCUACAGAAGACUGCAAACACGGUAGCAUGGCUGACGCACUUAUAGCGACAGUCUAA